UUUCCACCUCAUCUUCUCCCUCUGGUACAGUUGGCGCUUCGAUUUGGUUGAGAUUCGAUUCUGCGUGCGAGAGCAGAGUUUUUUCUUUUCUUUUCUUUCUGGAGCAGACGAAACUUGAAGCAGAGGGCUCGGGCCCAUUCAGCUCACAAAGGCCCCGAGGAGGCCUCCUAGAGCGUUGCCGUCGGCAAGCCCACUGCAAUCUCAUCCAGCAGUGCUACGGGGGUGGGUGAUGCUGGCCUUGUGGAGCUGUAGCAUACGUGUAUAGGCGGAGCAAGCAACGUGGCGGUCCGUUGAGCGACAGAUGUUACCGAACACCGACGAGCCGGACAUGGACAGCGCACGCCGCCGUCUGCCUAGGCUGGCGGCGGCAAAAUGUCCAACUCCACCGAAGCUGCGCGGCGCGGCAAAUAUGAUUCAGAUCUCGUCGUAACUCCAUCGCAGCAUUUGAAUUGACAUUGAAUCCUUCUUUCAUUUCCGCGAAUGAGCAUUUGAUACCGCAUCUGCGUUUGAUAUCAUCAGAAGCCCGCCCAGAACGGCGGACCAGCGGCCGGCGCCGCACCGGCGAUGGGCGAGGAAGGCACGGAGUACCGGGGCCUCCCUGGCGGCGCGGGCGCCGCGCCCGCGCCAGCGCCGUCGCCGGCGUCGCUCUCGAUCGUGCCGCUCAUCUUCAUCAUCUUCUACGAGGUCUCCGGCGGGCCGUUCGGGAUCGAGGACAGCGUGGGCGCGGCGGGGCCGCUCCUCGCCAUCGCGGGCUUCCUCGCCCUCCCCGUCAUCUGGAGCGUCCCGGAGGCGCUCAUCACGGCGGAGCUGGGCACCAUGUUCCCGGAGAACAGCGGCUACGUCGUGUGGGUCGCCUCGGCGCUCGGCCCCUACUGGGGGUUCCAGCAGGGCUGGAUGAAGUGGCUCAGCGGCGUCAUCGACAACGCUCUCUACCCCGUCCUCUUCUUGGACUACCUCAAGUCCGGCGUCCCGGCGCUGGGCGGAGGCGCGCCCAGGACGGGCGCUGUCCUUGGGCUGACCGCGCUGCUGACGCUCCUCAACUACCGCGGGCUCACCGUCGUUGGCUGGGCUGCCAUCAGCCUCGGGGUCUUCUCCCUCUUGCCUUUCCUCGUCAUGGGCUUCAUCUCCAUCCCCAAGCUCCGGCCGGCGAGGUGGCUCGAGGUCGAUCUCCACAACGUCGACUGGAACCUGUACCUGAACACUCUGUUCUGGAACCUCAACUACUGGGACUCGAUCAGCACCUUGUCCGGCGAGAUCAGGAACCCUGCCAAGACUCUGCCCAAGGCCCUGUUCUACGCGGUCAUCUUCGUGGUCGUCGGCUACCUGUACCCUCUCCUCACCGGGACCGGCGCGGUGCCUCUGGACAGGGGGCAGUGGACGGACGGCUACUUCGCGGACAUCGCGAAGGUGCUCGGCGGCGCGUGGCUGAUGUGGUGGAUGCAGGCGGCGGCGGCGAUGUCCAACAUGGGCAUGUUCGUGGCGGAGAUGAGCAGCGACUCGUACCAGCUCCUGGGCAUGGCGGAGCGGGGCAUGCUGCCGGCCUUCUUCGCGACCCGGUCGCGGUACGGGACCCCGCUGGUCGGCAUCCUCUUCUCGGCCUCCGGCGUGCUGCUGCUGUCCACGAUGAGCUUCCAGGAGAUCGUGGCGGCCGAGAACUUCCUUUACUGCUUCGGCAUGCUCCUCGAGUUCCUGUCGUUCGUCCUGCUGCGGGUGAGGCGGCCCGACGCCCCGCGGCCGUACAGGGUGCCGCUGGGCACAGCCGGGUGCGUGGCGAUGCUGGUGCCCGCGACGGCGCUGAUCGUGGCGGUGCUCGCGCUGUCGACGCUCAAGGUGGCGCUGGUGAGCCUCGGCGCCGUGGCUGUCGGGCUCGUGCUGCAGCCGGUGCUCAAGUUCGUGGAGAAGAAGCGGUGGCUCAGGUUCUCCGUCAACUCGAACCUCCCCGGCAUCGACGUGGCGCUCCAGCCCGCCGCUCCCGACGAGCCGUUGAUCGUGUAGGGCGCGAAAAAAGAAUCGGCGUAGACCUCAGGUUCUGAAUUGCUGAAAGUUAUGGUUUGCGGAGUUUUUGUCAGGCAGUGAGAUGAAUUUCGAGUAAACCAAAUAUCGAUUUGGAAGGGAGCAUCUGAAGUGAUCAUCACGUGUUUCAUUCACGAUUGUCCGAAAACAUGUUUUAGAGCUCAUGCACCUC